AUGGCACAAGUCAAGGAGUAUACGAUCGACGUUCCGCAAGCCAAGAUCGACCGACUGCUGCGCAAGCUUGACGAUGCUGAAUAUCCUGAAGGCAUUGAGGGCGCCGGGGAUACCUACGGCUCUCAGGUGCGAGCACACGAGAAAAAGCUCAAUGAACUGCCAAACUACGAAGUCCAAGUUGACGUCGAUGGACACGGACCAGUCGACGUGCACUUGGUUCACCAGAAAAGCGACGUCGCCGGAGCCAUCCCACUGCUCUUCGUUCAUGGCUGGCCUGGAUCCUUUCUCGAAGUGACAAAAAUGCUCCCAAUGCUCAAAGGUGGGAAUGGCAAACCAGCCUUUCACGUCGUAGCGCCCAGCUUGCCUAACUACGGCUUCUCCGGCCCCGCUCUGAAACCAGGCUUCAACAUCAGAUGCACAGCUGAAGCCAUGAACAAAGUCAUGCUCGCGCUGGGCUAUGAACAGUACGUCACGCAGGGUGGCGAUUGGGGGUUUCUUGUCACACGUGCCAUGGCCCAUCUCUACCCUCAACACGUCAAAGCCCACCAUAUCAAUUGGGCCUGGGCCGGACAGCCUGAAGAAUUCACCAUUGGAACCAAAACUCAACCAGAACUCAGCGAGCGUGAAAAGAAGCAAAUGGCGCAAGCCGAGAAGUGGAAUCCUUUUGGAAUGGGCGACGGCCGCGGCUACGUAGCAAUGCAAUCCACCCGCCCCCUAACAAUCAACUACGCCUUCCGCGACUCCCCCGUCGCAUUGCUCGCCUGGAUCUGGGACAAACUCGUCGACUGGACCGACGACUACCCCUGGACCGAAGACGAAGUCUGUCUCUGGCUUUCCAUUUACGUUUUCUCCCGCGCCGGCCCGGACGCUGCUUCAUUCUUAUACUAUGAAGCUACGCACGAUAUGAAAGAAGUUCCAUUGCCUGUUGUGCAGAGUUAUAUUAAUGUUCCGUUGGGAAUUGCGGAUUUUCCGGUCGAGAUUGCGAAUAUGCCGCAGAGUUGGAGAUCUGGGAUGGGGCCGAUUGUUUUUCAGAAGUUAUAUGAGAAGGGAGGACAUUUUGCGGGGUGGGAGAGGCCGGGAGAUAUUGCGGAUGGGUUGGGGGAGAUGUUUGGAAAAGGUGGUGGUGCGUAUGGAGUUGUUGAGGGGAAGGAUGGGUAUUGA